CACAGAAAAAGGCCACAAAAAUGGGAAGCCCACAGAAGGAGUUUCCUAAACUUCAAAUUGGUGUCAAGCCUGAAAUGGAGGCUCUGCAAGACGACCUUAGGCUGCUGAAGACGGUUGGGUUGCUUGUAUUAAAAGAUUCCUGCUUUGAGGAUAAACUGCCCUUUGAGCAGUCGGAAAACUUUCGUAAAACAGCGGCCAAGUUUAGCAUAAUCUAUCAUACGUACGAUACAAUCUGGAGUUACAGGAAAACAAAGACCAUUGGAGUACACCAACGCCUAACCGAGCAGUUGAACUCAUUCACCGAAGAGGUAAACAGGGAGAUUGACUGA